GAGAAGUACAAUCCACUCUAUUGUGGUCGAUAUUAAGCAAUCACCCAAUUCCUACAACUACAUUCUAACGUUAAGUAAUAACGAAAAAACAUAUAAAACCAACAACAAAACCUUUUAAUAUGUGGCUAAAUACAACAACUAUGGCAACUGAAGCAACAAGAAAAACAAGACCAAGAUUAUUAAUAUCAUUAUCGUAUUUUUGUUGCCUGUACUUUAUGUUGUUCUCAUUCUUCUCCUGCCGCUGCUGUCUAAUGGCCAAUGCUGAGUUCUAUUCAUCUGUGGAUAGUUUAAAAGUACUGGGCAACAUGGAAGCCACACUCAUACAAAACUUUAGACAAUAUUUGAAACAACAACAAGAGGACAUAGACAAUGUUCAAAGAUUUAUAAAAGAAGUUAAAUUUCAUCAUGAAUUGGCUAUAGAAGAUAUUGCCGACUAUAUAGAAAAUCCCAUUAAUGCUUUUACAUUAAUCAAACGUGUGGUUAACGAUUGGAAGGAGUUAUAUGAAUAUCUAAAAUUUAGUGAUAUUAAAUUGGAUAUUAAGGAAUCAUUGACCCAAUUUGAAAAAGGUAUUCAACUACCAAAUGAUGGUGAAUUGCAAGGUGCCAUCAGGGGUUUGAAACGUUUACAGACUAUUUAUAAAUUAAGUGCCGUUGACAUGGCCAAAGGGGAAAAAUAUGGGAACCCACUUCAAUGGCGUGAUUGUUUUGAAAUCGGUACCACUUUAUUAGAUGAUAAUAGUUAUAAACUUGCCAUCGAAUGGUUAGAAUUAUCACUGCUAAAACUAUCAGAUAGUGAAGAAUCAAAAGAUAUAAAAUCUGCAUUUAACAAACAUAUUAAAGAAUAUUUGUCAUUUGCCUAUCAGGGUUUAGGUGAAACCGAAAUAGCUAUAGAGUACAUAGAUGAUGUAUUAAAAAGUGAUCCAGAUUCGAAUGUUAAAAUAACAAGAAAUAUUUUACUAAAUACUGAAACUGAUGCCGAUGAAGAAGAUGAAGAUGUAUCAACAAUAGAUACAAAUUAUGCCAGACUUUGUCGGGGAGAAAUUCUAAAAAAAAUUCCACCCAUGAGUUGUAAAUUAGAUUUUAAACGACAUCCUUUAUUUAUCUUGGCUCCCCUGCAAGUUGAACCUUUACUUGAAAAUCCUCCGGUAACUUUGUAUCACAAUCUUAUAAAUGAUGAACAGAUUUCAAAACUUUUAAGCAAAACUCGUAGCAAAAUGCAAAGGUCUCAGGUGGUAAAUGGUAAUGGUACUAUUUCCGUCGAAGGACGUGUGAGUCAACAAACAUGGGUGAAUCCAAAAAAAUCAAAAAUUGCUAGCUUAAUGUAUAAAUUGGUGGGCGCAAUAAGUGGUUUUGACAUGGAUAAUGCUGAAACUAUGCAAGUGGCUAAUUAUGGCAUAGGAGGUCAAUAUGAGUCACAUCAUGAUUAUCUGGGGUCAGAUUAUAAAUCAGGCUUUGUUGGUGAUCGUAUAUCUACUAAUAUGUUUUAUCUUGCCGAUGUCGAAGAAGGUGGCUAUACGGUAUUCCCCUAUUUAGAUGUCUAUUCUAAACCAAUUAAAGGCUCUAUGAUCAUGUGGUAUAAUUUGCAUAAAUCUUUGGAUGAAGAUGAGAGAACAUUACAUGCCGGUUGUCCCGUUCUAAAGGGUAGCAAGAAGAUUGCCAAUGUUUGGACUCAUUCUGGUUAUCAGGAAUUCCGCAGACCUUGUGAUUUACAAAAUGAUAGUAUAAUGUGAAAUAUUUUUAAUAAAAGACUUUAAAUAAACAUACAAUUUGAUUACAUAUAUU